AUGAGCUCAAUAACAUCUGUAACUUCUAUUUAGAAAUCAGAAGUCAGGAACUGGCUUAGGACACAUGGAAAGCGGAAAUACAUUGGCUUUGACGACGAUGAUCGGUGCAAGCUUAGAAGAUAUUUUAGUACACUUGACGAAAAUAAGCAUGGUAAUUUCCAAUUAGGUUGCAUUGGAUACAAAGAACUUGAAGAUCCUUUAAUUGCCUUAGGAAUUGCAGAAACACGGCAGCAAGUCGAAGAAAUGGUUAAAAGCGUAGAUUUUGAUGGAUCUGGAAGCAUUGAGUUUGAGGAAUUUCUAACUAUUUUGAGAGGAUCAAAAGGAAACGCUGCAAUUGCUAAUUUUUUUAAAGGACUUAUAGAGGGAACUCUUAUAAAAGACGCCAAAACUUUGCCCUUGAAGCUUGUUGUUAGUGCUUAUAGAAGAAAAAUGCUUAUGGACGCUCUGAUGGCAAAAGAGACUAACAAGAAAGAAAAAGGAGAAAGAGUGAUGAAGGCUUUUUCACGGCAAAUAAAUAAUAAUAGAAGAAGAGACACCAAUCUUGAAGGUGUAGGAGCAGAUCUUAGAGUUGGGUUUCCAAAACUCCCAAGAAUUAUUGAAGACAGCGGGACUCCGAUUGAAAAAAUUAAAGAAAUCCUAAAAAAACAUAAAUAA